AUGCGUGAUUUUAGUGUAUAUGUAGUGAAUUCGUUCGAUUUGGCGGUAGCGGAGAAUUUCUUUUCUUCUCCUUCUUCUUCUUCUUCUUUUCCUCCUUCUUCUUCUUCUAUUCUUUAUAAGUAUAUGGAUAUUAAAUUAAAAAAUAUUAAUGAAGAAGAAUGGCUAGAGAGGCCCGUACCUCCUCAUUUAAUUUCUGCAGGAAUAGAAGAAGUUCAUUUCUUUCCUUUCUUAGCUAUUUGUCUCUAUAAUAGAUUAGCUGCUUCCUCUAGCAAGUAA